AUGCGGAGCUGGGAGACGGUUGUGUUGUCGUUUCUCAGAUCAAUAUUUCAGCAGCUGGAGUAACGAUGAGUUCAGCUGAGUGUUCGACGGAGUUUAUUAUCGAGCAGGAAACUGUCGAGGAGGAAAAACUCGGAGUCUCUGAACAAACCAUCGUCCAGCGCGAGGAUCGUCAGCUGGAUAUCAUCUGGAAACCACAGAUAACCAUACACACGACAGACAUCCCAGAGCAACAUGUCUGUAAGGAGGAGGAGGUUCUCGCUGACCAGCAGCCCUGUUACCAGGAGAGGAGCUCCAGUCCAGACCAGGGGGACCCAGAACCUCCAGAGAUUAAAGAAGAACAGGAGGAACUCAUCAUCAGUUUUGACCAGGAGGAGCUGGGGCCUCCACAAAUCAAAGAGGAACAGGAGGAACUUUGCACCAGUCAGGAGAAAGAGCAGCUUGUACUAAAACAGGAGACUGAUACGUUAACAGUAACUCCUGCUUAUGAGGAAAGUGACCAAAGUGAACCAGAACCAAACAGUGAGCAGCUCCUCUCCCACAACUCUCCUGUAGCUGAAAGCCCACAUCAGGACGGAAGCAACCAUGUAAGCUCAGGACCAACUAUAAAUGCAGUGUUGAGACCAAAGAGAAAACAUCACAGUAACAAUUCAGACAACUUCUCAGAGAGUCACUGUCCAAAGUGUGAUCAAAGCAGUGAUUUUCAUUUAUGUGACCACUUGCAGGUGCCCAUUGGUGACCUGGACAUCAAACUUGAGCAGAGAGCAAAGAUACAAUGUUGUGUCAAACUCGGGAUGUCGGCAAAAGAGACGCUCAAGAUACUUCAGAAAGCCUACGGCAAGGAAGCAAUGAGUCGGUCCAGAUGUUUCGUGUGGCAUUCACGUUUCAAGAUGGGCAGAACUUCACUAGAUGACGACGACAGGCCAGGGCGACCCUCUACGAGUACAACCCCUGAAAAUGUUCAAGAAAUUGAAGAAAUCGUGCGUCAGGAUCGUCGGCUCACCAUCAAGGAAAUUGCUCACAUGGUCAACAUGUCUUUUGGAACAGUUCAGGCAAUCCUAACGUCCAAUUUGAAUCUGCACCGUGUUGCUGCAAAGUUCGUGCCCAGGCUCCUGACUCCUGAGCAGAAACAGCAGCGUGUCAAAGUGUGUGAUGAUCUCCGUCAGCAGGCUCAGGAUGACCCAACCUUCAUGUCGAGGAUCAUCACUGGUGAGGAGAUUUGGGUCUACGACUACCACACAGAAACCAAACAGCAGUCUCCAAGACCAAAGAAGGCGCGACAGGUCAAGAGUGCGACAAAAAUCAUGGUGGUGGUGUUCUUCGACAUUCAUGGCGUUGUGCACCAUGAGUUCGUCCCACAGGGUCAGACUGUCACCACAGAGUUCUACUGUAGCGUCCUGAAGCAUCUGAGGGAGAGCAUUCACCAGAAGCGACCUAAACUGUGGCGCGAUGGCAACUGGGUGCUCCACCAUGAAGACACUCCGGCUCACAGUGCUUUGGAAACGCAGGAGUUGUUUGCCAACACCAACACGAUCGUCGUUCCCCACCCGCCGUACUCGCCAGAUUUAUCUCCCUGUGACUUCUUUCUCUUUCCCAAAAUGAAAUUCAAGUUGAAAUGUCAUCAUUGUGACACAGUGGAGGAGAUUCAGCACGUGUCACAGGUGGUGCUUGAAACACUUAAAAAACGGGACUUCCAGAGAGCGUUUCAGAUGUGGCAGGAGCGCUGGGAGCGCUGCAUUGCUGCACAGGGAGACUACUUUGAUGGGGAUGGUGGGCAAAUAUAAAUGCGACACAGUUUUUGCUUAUUAUUGGCACAGUCUGAACUUUUUGAUAGCACAAAGGUAAAAAGUCUGUGAAAUGUGACCUUUAAAAAUAAGUGUCAAAUGAAGCAGCUUGAGGAAAACGUCACAAUAAAAAUCUUCACUGGUGUAAACAUUUUAUCUGCAUCUCUUAUGUUGUAAAUAAGCAGCUCCUUAAGGUUUGACACAAACUCCUUUUUCUCCUCUCACUUCCAUCAUUUUUUGUGCUUACCAAAACCUUAUUUAUAAAUAACGUGGAUACAACGUCACGAGAAUAUUCUAUGUCACUUCAUGUCAUAUUCUGGUUUAUAACUCUGAACUGUGUCUUCUUCUUACUGCCUCAGUCAGACGUGGACUGUGAAUUCUGACUGAAAGUGGAAGCUAAGAAACCCUCUAUCACUCCCUGCCAACUGGAGUCUUUCCUUACUGUUGAGUUUGCGUUGCUUCAACAACAUUAUAUUUUUAAAUCAAUUUUUAUUGUUUCAGGCUUUAAAGGUGACUGAGAAAAUAUGGAAGAUGUGCGAUAUGGUGUUGUAAAAGGUGAAAGAAACGUAUUAUUAUCAAAGAACAUUGAGAGGAAGGAUAUUUCUUUCAAUGCUGCUUAUUCAAGCUGAUGGAUUAAUUGAUUGCUGUAACAUAAUAAAACACAAGAGGUGUUUUAAUGUUGAAGUUAAA